CUUGUGAAUUGACGUCUACUGUCAUCACUAAUGGUGAAACAGUGAAUGGGGUUUUCAACUUUUAAUAUUUAAUUUCUUUUUGCAGUUUAAUUUGUACAGUUCAUUUGUGAGAUAUAUUGUUUUGUGAAGUGAGUAUAUUGUACAAUAACCGUAAGAAAAACUGCAAUGUCUCAUCAAACAGGAAUCCAAGCCAAUGCAGAAUUGAAGAAAUAUUUGGGCAAAUGUAGAGAUGGAAAGAUCAGAGUGUUGAAAAUCAGCAUUGACAAUGAACAGCUGGUGCUAUCCAAAUAUUACCCUCCGAAGCACUCAUGGGAGCAAGACUUUGACAAAUAUGUCCCGUCAUUGGUUGUGGAUGAUCUGCCAUGUUAUAUUUUAUAUAGAUUUGACUCAACAAAUUCCGUUGGGCAUGAAUGGCUACUACUCAGCUGGUCUCCUGACAGUGCUCCGGUGAGACACAAGAUGCUGUACGCCUCCACUAAAGCUACCUUAAAGCAAGAGUUUGGAUCGUCACACAUUAAGGAUGAAAUGCAUGCAACUGUUAAGGAUGAAGUCAGCUUGAAAGGUUACAAGGCGCAUCUGAGCGGGGUGAGUGCGCCCGCCCCCCUCACCGACAGAGAAGAGGCCUUGAAGGAGCUACAGGAGAGUGAACACAACACUAACUAUGGAACUGAUGCAAGGCAAUCAACAAUGGGUGGUGUGUCAUUCCCUAUAACGGAAGCUGCCAAACAAGGUUUAAAUGAUCUCAAACGAGGUUCCUAUAACUACUUACAAUUUAAGAUAGAUUUAGUAGAAGAACAGAUUCACCUGUCAAAAGCGGCAAACAUAUCGCUGACAGACCUCCCGCAGCAAGUACCGGCCGACCAGGCCAGAUACCAUUUGUAUAUAUUCAAGCACACGCACGAGAGCGACUAUAUGGAGAGCAUAGUGUUCAUCUAUUCAAUGCCCGGCUACAACUGCAGUAUUAAGGAAAGAAUGAUGUAUUCAAGUUGUAAAGGCCAGUUCUUAGAAAUUAUUGAAAAAAUGGGUGUUGAAAUAGCGAAAAGGUUGGAAAUCGACGACGGAAAGGAAUUGACCGAAGAGUUCUUAUACAGUGAGAUACAUCCAACAAGAAACCUGCAUCGUCCGGCCUUCGCCAAGCCAAAAGGCCCGCCUAAUAGGGGUGCGAAACGAAUCACCAAGUCGCAAGCUACGCAGUAAUUAUACAGAGAUUAUGCGGCUUAAGGGCACUUAGAGAUACGAGGCUGAAGAAGUGCAGCAGUGGCGCCAUUGUGAUAAGACAUCAGCUCCACUUUUAUGUUUCAUACGAUAUAUAGAAGUGCAGUAGCGAUGCCACAUAUAAAUAGUACAGUUCAAUACGCAAAAUUGACCAACCAACCAACCUGUUUUUACCAAGUAGCACAACCAGAACUCAUUGAAAUUGAUGUGCAGUAGUUUUAAAAAUCAAAUUUAGUUAGUCGACUUCAUUUUUGCGUAGUAAAGAUACGUUUUAACAUUUUUUGAUUAAUGUUCAUACUCAAUAUAAAAGCAGAACCUAACAAUAUGAAUUUCACAAAGAUCGCUAGAAUUUACUGAUCUUUGUGUGCUGCACACUGGCGCCACUGCGACACUUCCAUCCGCCUCUUAUUUAAAGCCGUUUCAAACAAUAGUCAACUAAGUUUAAAGAAUAGUUUUAUACGCCCUGUUUCAUCCGCGUUUUUGUUCAACUCUUGACGACUAAAGCUUGAUGGUGACUUUUAAUAACCUUCCACAUCAUGAUAUGAAUACAAAUGAAUUUAGAUAUUAGUAUGAACCCAAACAAGCGAUAAGUUUUAAUAAAAUAGUUUAUUUUUGUAUUGAGCUAGCUUGCUUUUAUGAAAUUAUGUAAAAUGAGACUAAAUCUUCGAUUGCAAUAUUGAGGAACAAAAGCCGUUUUUUCAAUGAAUUAAAGCCGAAUAUUUUUUUAAAGGAACCGCGUGAUUUAGGCGUUCCUUAAAACCAUAUAAUAAGUACAUGCUUCAAUAUAUAAAAUCAUUCAUUAACCUCUAUGAGUAAGGUUUAUAUUGCUGAAAAGACUGGAGGUCAAUGUGCAAUAAUACAAAAAAAAUUAUUAGAAAAAAUGUUUAAAACGUUUAUUCUAUUUUUAAAAUGUAUUGGUAAAUGUUUGAUUAAUAAUUUAUGUAAAAUGGUAUACCUAAAAAAAUAUGUAAUGUGUAGAAAUUGAAUUUAACUGAUUAUAGUAUUAUUAACGUAAAAACGAAUUAGACGACUAUGAAGUUCAGGUGUACCCUUGAUCAUAAAUAAUGAAUUAUUAUCUACUUUUAAAAAGAGGAAAUAAUAACGGGAUAAAGUAACAUGAAAUGUGUAUUUUAUUUUCUUUGUGUAAACUAAUAAUGUGCUACAACGAUUUAAAUUUAUAUUUUUUGUAAUCUAUAAAAGUAAUGUGUAAUAUAUUUUGUCCAUUAAAUGAAUUCUACUCCGAAUACUAUACAAAAUAAUGUUAUCUUAAAGUUUGUCUUUAAUAUUUCACUUUGGUAAUUGAAACUGGUUCCAAAUAAUAACAUCUGCACGUGAGAAGAUUUAAAGGGUGUUUAAAGGCAGGACCCACUAUUCCACUAUUUAAAAUCGCUGAUGAAUUAAUGGAAUUAUUGUUAAAAUUAAACUAUUCGCUUUCUCUUAAGCCCCAUUGUAAAUAGCGGAAUCGGGGCCCUGAUCAGAGGCCUACGGGCAGACUAAACUGAUACCAGUUAAAAGUUAAGUGCAUGACAAUCAUUAUUGAUGUUUCAGUAUUCGGUCAUUUUACAUAAAAACAUUGGAGCAAUAACGAUAGCGAGGGUACUUUAAGUCACGUGUUAAUGUAAUGCAAUCUAUAAUUAUGUGUACUCGUUAUAAAAGUAUUAUUAACAGUCAUUAGGUAGUAGGACUGUUUCAAUACCUAAUAUGUAUAUUUUUAUGAUAAUUAUAAUGAACGCAUAUGUAGCUCAAUAAAAUUAAUUAUUAUAUAGAUCUUGCCAUUUUUAAAGUUUUGUAACUUUUAUUAUAGAACCAAAGCGUUCAUUAUUAUCUCGUUUCAAUAAUUAUAAGCCUUAGCGUUUUUUACCUUUCGUAUUUUUAAAAUUAAGCGAAAACAAUUUGUUUUUUAUUUUAAUUCCUAAAAUUGUUGCACAAAUACGAUAAAUAUGAAAUUUAUAAAUACCUACAUAUUUCCUUAUAUUUUUGUAAAUCGGUUUGACCAUACCUGUAUUGUGCAAUGUGUAUAACAAUAAAUUGCUUUUAAUAUAACUUUGUUUUUUUAUCUUUCAAGUACGUAACAGGCUAAUUUUCAAGAUGCUAUAAGUGUGAGCCUGGACAUUAUGAACACCUUAACUGUACUACAUAUGUUUAGGAACCAGAAAAGUUAAGCUCUCCAAAUCGUGGUGUGUCGUUUUGUCUAAGAAUUUAAUUUAAAAUAUAACGCGACUAAAAAUCAAUGUAAAGCAAAAUAGAUUUAAUUUAUUUAAUAUGAUUGUAUAAUAAGACCCCAAGAUUGCUUACCUUGUUCAAUAUAUACCUAAGUAGUAUAGUUCUACCGAAAUUACACAGUGCCCCU